CCUUCUCGUGCCCCUCUGAGGACAGGACAGCAGGCUGGGAUGCGACUAUGCGAGUGAGAUCCAUGUGAGUGCUGGUAGCAACCAGCAACACAACAGCUAGCUCGUCCGUAUCCAUGCCCUGCACAGCCUUGCCAAACGAAAUGAGCAACGAAUCAUCUUCCCUGGAUAUGGGGAACAACAAAUCAGAACCACCUCGAUCUACAAGAAGGAAGUAGAUUAGGGGCAGGCAGCAACAAGCAAUAGAAGAUUUGCCAACCUCUAAGUGCUGGUUCUCACGUUUAUAUAAGCAUCUGCUCCAGGCUUCCACUCCCUCGGUCUAUCUACCUCGUCUCUUUCACUAGGUUCUUCAUCACCACUUUGCUUCUUCCAAACGCGAGCAAGGGAAGCUUCACUGCCAUUCCCUGCUGCAGCUAGCUAGCACUCUUCUGUUUCAGCAGUGAAGGGAAGGGCAGGAAAUAAAGCUGCCAUGUCCUCGCCGGAGGAAGGAGCAAGGGCACUGAGGAGGAGCCAUGGCAGCCCAGGCCAGAGUGGCGUGCCAGUGACGGUGCUGUACUACCUGUGCCGCAGUGGACGGCACCUGGAGCACCCUCACCUGAUGGAGCUGCGCCUCGCCUCCCCAAAUCAAGCUCUCUACCUCAGAGACGUGAUCCGCCGGCUGGACGCGCUGCGAGGGAAGGGCAUGGCCGCCAUGUAUUCCUGGUCCUGCAAGAGGAGGUACAAAACCGGAUUCGUGUGGCAUGAUGUGUUGGAGGACGAUGUGUUGCUCACUGCGCAGGGCAGCGAGUAUGUCCUCAAGGGCUCCCUCUUGCUCCCCCACCACUCAUCACCACCUGCUGCAGCACCACCAUCUGCAGAUCAUGACCGCACAGACGUCGGCACAUCCAUUACCCGUCAGGUCCACUGCGUCAAGCCAACUCCCGAUGAAGAGACACCAACUCAUUCCCGGGAGGGCUGGACUACUAAUUCAUUAUUGCCAGCUCCUCCCACGAUUAAGGAUGAUGUUGAGGUUGAAGCACCAGGGACACAGCGAGAGCUGUCGUCAAUAUCACCAUCAUCUUCUUGCACCACUGGGGACAGGGACGAGGAGGCAGCAUCAGCACGUUCAAGCUCUUCAGGCAGCCCCUCCUCUCAUAAUAAGCCGAGAGGAUCAGCAGGAGGCACACCUUCUCCUUCAGGUAGCACAAGCUCACCCACUCCUCCAAGCCUCAUGCUCUACAACAAGCAGGAGGCAUCCGCAAUCACAGCACAAGGCGAGGUGACACAAACCCAAGGAACAUCAACAGGGAGGGACCUUCACAAGAAGGAUAGUUGUAGUACUGGUAGCACACCGACCAACGCAACUGUGACUACCGAAGAUAAGUAUCCAGGACGUACAAAAUCUUUCUCGUCCAGCACAAGUAGGAACGGGACCUUGGAGUCCCUCAUAAGGGCCGAGGCUCUUGACAGAAGAGGCGCCACUGCUAAGAGGAUCCUAGAAAAGGAUGACGAUGAUGAUGACGACGACGACGACACAGAAGCAAUGCAGUCACUGGGAAUGAAGCUGAACCCUGCCAACCUGCUGAUGCGGCUCGUGGCUUGCGGGUCGACAAUGUCUGUAAGGCAGCAUCUCCCUGCCUGCGACCUCAUACGAACAACGCACAAGCCCCAGUACUUGAGCCAACAUGUUGAGGAGCUGCCAUCAUCUCCAGUUUUGUCUCCCCUUGGUGCCCUCAUCAUGCGUCCUGUAACUGCUGCUGGAGCCAAAGUAGUUUCAGACUCAGGAGACUGCGGCCACUGCAGUGGGAGCAUGCUCCAAACUGCAGGCAAGGGAUGCGAGUCAGGCAAAGUAAUGUCCACAAAUAUUAAGCCCACCUCAUCUUAUGACCAAUACUGUGUUUCUGAGAAAGAAGCCUCUGUACGGAAUUUGGAUAAUUUGGAGCUCAGAAGUCAAAUUAUCUCAGAAACAAUCAAAAUGGCACCAUGUCAGCAACCCAAAAAUGGGACAUUGGUAACCAUAACCACAGAUGUCAGGCAUAACAAUGGUGAACAAGAAUGUAGCAAUGAAGCUUCAUCCAAGACCUUGACAAGAAGUACAAGCAAAAGAAUGACCAUAUCACCAAGAUCUUCAAGAGUAGUAUCGUUUCAUGAUGAAAAAGAGAAAGGGGUUAAGAUUGAAGAAAGGCUCGCUUCUGGAUCUCGUGUUACAAUCCAGUGCGCGCCCUUACUCAAAGAAACUUAUGCCAGUGCUAAAGCAAUGUAACAGAGGAGUUUCCAUCUUGUUUUUCAACUCUAUUUUGUUUUCUUUCUUGAUAAUCUAAAGAUGUUGGGAGUAGCUGAAAUUGUGUGAUUCUAUCAGAUUUCUCGCCAGGGUAGUAAUUAGCAGAAGGUUUUAUGUACCUUUCAGGAUAUUACCAUUAAAUGUCCAUUGUCACCAUAACCCUGUACUCUCAUCUUGGAAAAAAAAUUUACACUGGCAUGGCAGUAAGAAGUCUUUCAAUUUUCUUACUUUUUUUUUCUUUCAGCUUCUGUAAGAUUUCCAUCAUGCAAGUAUAGCAAAGGAGUAGCAAGCUAUCUUUCAGCUGCCAUGAAGAAUACCUUGUCAUAAACAGUAUAGUCCCCUUCCCAAAGCAGUCAGCGGUUGCUAGGAGUUUACAGCAAAAAGGGUGAAAUAAAUAGCACAUCACCGAGGAAAUUAAUGCCC